GAAGAGAGGAGAGUGGGAGGAGGUGCGGGUGGGAGUCCCGCAUAAGGAGCGUUUCAAUCCCAACAUGAAUUCCACCCGCAAUCUCUGACCGACAACACACGAGCGAUAUAAGCAGACAUCACGGACACUUUUCUAAAGUCUUUCCCAUCAGCAUCGUCUUGUUUUCCACGGAUGCACUUAACGUCUUCCUCGUGACUUCAACAUCGCCGCGGAACGAGAUGAGGCGGUAAAUGUCGCGUUUCGCAUCUUUUCGCUCGGGUUGAAGCCGCAGGAGUAUGUGAUCAUGUUGGCGACGCGCUGCCUCCUCCUGUGGGCUGCGGUCAACGCGCGACUCGCCGUGACAGGCUGGGGCAGCAGCAUCAAACGGGACGGAGCGGAACGGGGACGCGAGCAGAACGCGUAUGCAGAGGAGCUCACGGAGCCUCAGCGCCUGCUGCAGCGGACUGACGCGGAGGAGGAGCUGCCGCACGGGCACUUGGGUAGCCUAGUAAAGAGUGAUGCUGAUGGAGCGCAUCCCAUUCAUUUGGCUCAGAUCUCAUUCCUGGUGAAGGCCUUUGGAAUCCAGUUUGUUCUAGACCUGGAGCUCAAUCACGAUCUCUUGUCGUCUAACUAUGUUGAACGCCACUUCAAUGAGGAUGGGCGACCUUUUCAGAGUCUGGGAGGAGAGCACUGUUACUAUCACGGUCACAUGAGAGGAGUUCAGAGGUCAUGGGCAGCUCUCUCCACCUGUCAUGGCCUACAAGGGAUGUUCUCAGAUGGCAACUUUUCUUACAGCAUCGAGCCCGUGCACAACAACAGCGAUCAGGGUUCAAAUACUCAUGUUGUAUACAGAAUGGCAGACAUUCGGCUGACGCCACAUUCCUCAGGAAGCACCAGGAACAGCAGUGACUCUGACAUUAACAAUGACUUUCCCGUUUCUAUAGAGACGAAUGAGCCGGAGCUCACAGAUGGGCUGAGACGGGCAAAAAGACAGGUUCGGAGGGGUCCACGUACAGUUCAGAGUGAAACAAAGUAUGUAGAGUUACUAGUGGUCAAUGAUUACGAACUGUUUGUACAGAUGCGAAGAUCGGCCCCUCAGACGAGAAACUUUGCCAAAGCUGUAGUGAACAUGGCUGAUGCUAUUUACAAGGAGCAGCUGAACACUAGAAUAGUGCUUGUCGCCAUGGAGACAUGGUCAACUCAGAACAUGGUUUCUGUUGGCGACGACCCUUUGGUGACUCUCCGUGACUUUAUGAAAUACAGGAAGGAGAAUAUCAAAGAGAAGAGUGAUGCAGCUCACUUGCUCUCGGGACGCACAUUUCAGAGCAGUCGCAGUGGCACUGCCUACAUCGAGGGUAUCUGCUCGCCAACACGAGGAGGAGGAGUCAAUGAGUAUGGAAAUGUGGGACCUAUGGCUAUCACCUUGUGUCAGAGUUUAGGACAGAACCUUGGAAUGAUGUGGAACAAAGACCGUGCUACUGCAGGAGACUGUAGAUGUCCAGAUCCGUGGUUAGGCUGCAUUAUGGAGGAUACUGGAUACUAUCUACCCAGAAAGUUUUCACGAUGCAGUAUAGAGGAGUACAUUCAGUUCCUCCAGCAAGGAGGAGGGAGCUGCCUCUUCAAUAAACCUAACAAGCUGUUGGAUCCUCCUGAAUGUGGCAAUGGUUUUGUGGAACAGGGAGAAGAAUGUGACUGUGGCUCUCAAGUGGAUUGCUCUCGUGCUGGGGGUGCAUGCUGUAAAAAAUGCACUUUGACUCAUGAUGCAAUGUGUAGCAAUGGACUCUGUUGUAGCCGUUGCAAGUAUGAGCAGAGAGGAGUGGUCUGCAGGGAUGCAGUGAAUGACUGUGAUGUACCGGAAACAUGCACUGGCGAUUCGAGUAAAUGUCCUCAUAAUGUCCACAAACUGGAUGGUUACAUGUGCAAUGCUGGACUGGGCCGCUGCUAUGGGGGCCGCUGUAAGACAAGGGAUGCCCAGUGUCAGGCGCUCUGGGGCCACAACGCAGCAGAUCGCAUGUGUUAUGAGAAGCUGAACAUCGAGGGUACGGAGCGUGGCAACUGUGGUCAGGACAGCAGCUCGCGCAGCUGGAUUCAGUGCAAUAAACAGGAUGUAUUGUGCGGAUUUUUAUUGUGCACUAAUAUCACGGUGAAACCACGGUAUGGAGACUUACAUGGUGAAGUCACAAGUCUGACCAUCUACCACCAGAACAAGUACCUGGAUUGUCGUGGGGGUCAUGCAGUGUUAGAGGACGGCACUGAUCUCGGGUACGUAGAGGACGGCACACCGUGUGGUCCAAAUAUGAUGUGCCUGGACCACCGCUGUCUGCAGGUCACAACCUUCAACCUGUCAUCCUGUCCCGGUUCGUCCUUCUCACAAGUGUGCUCUGAUCAUGGGACGUGCAGUAAUGAGGUGAAGUGUAUCUGUGACUCCAACUACACUGGGAAGGACUGCAGUGUGUAUGAUCCCAUUCCGGACCCCCAACCUCCAGACGGUCCUGAGAAGUACAAAGGUCCGAGUGGUACAAACAUCAUCAUUGGUUCCAUAGCAGGAGCAAUACUGCUGGCAGCUAUAGUACUGGGAGGAACAGGCUGGGGCUUCAAAAAUAUCAGAAGAGGAAGAUCUGGAGGGGGAUAAAGCAUGUCAUCUGCUCUCCUGUGCUUCUGCACUGUAUUCUUUUAUCUUUGAGGGAAACAGAAGAAACUACCGAUGUCUUCCACUCUCUCACCAAACUCCAGUGUCACUCUCUCCUGUCUUUCCUACUUCCUGUUACUGCCUGUCACCUGUUGCCUCGAAACACUCCAGUACAUACCAUGGUAACAUUCUUAAACUGAUUUCAAUUUCGAAGAUGUUACUUAUUAGUAAUCAGUUUUUGUCUUUUAAACCUAGCACAGAAAAUGAAAAAGUCCUCAUUUACUCACCCUCAUGUCGAACCCAUAUGACUUUUUCUUUCAUGGAGCACAAAAUGAGAUGUUGAGCAGAAGGUUCACAUUGUUGAGUUCCGGAAAAGGACCAAAAACCACCAUAAAGAUAGUCAAUCUGGCUUGUGCGCUAUAUGCAGAUAUAUUACUGCAUAUUCAAACAUGGCGCAUCACUUCAGGUAAAUAGUCAGAAUUUUCAGUUCCUUAUUUUUUCCAAAAAAACUUAAUAUAUUUUCAAAAAUGUUAUUAAUAUUAUUACAAAAUUGAUUUACUAUAGUGGUCCUAAUCAGAGAGCUGCCACCUUAAUCGAAACAGACACCAAGAUCACUAUGCAUGAUCACUUUAAACUAUUUUUCUUUUUAAAUACUAAUAAUUUAUGGCCUGAGAAGCCGAGACUUUUUAAGUCCCCUUUGUUCCAUGCAGAUAAACAGACUCUUCCCCACACAUUUUGGAGAAAAUCUCUCAGAAUACUUAUGGAUUUCCCAGUAGAAAUCUAAAAACAAUGUAUCUCUUGAAAUGGAAUGUCUGCUAGCAUUCCAUGUUUACCCUCAUACUAGUCUGAUAUCUAUAAUCUUGCUGCUUUUACUAUCAUCCAUAUAGUUAAAAAACUUGCAUAACCAUAUGAAUGUACUUUUAUGUAACAAAAAAUAAGGCAUUGCUUGUAUGUGUUUAAUGUAGUUUAUACUUUUCAUAAGCACAUAGCUGAGUGAGGCAAGGCCAGGUAAUUUUAGUAAAAUAUGUAUAAUUUGUAAAUCUUAUAAGAGGAACACUGUUUGAAUGCACUGAGCUGAGGAUACAUAUGUAUGUAUAUAAUGUAAAUUACAGCACUAUUUUGCCCUUUGACUGUAAAAAUAACACUGUCAGAUAUAAGCACAAAUACAUUUUGGGGAUCGAGAAUGAAACAUGAUGUAUACAGACUGAUAUACUGUAUACAGUCGUCACUAAUGGGCAAAACCACAAUAUUCAAAGUCACAUUUUUUAAUCAUUUUUAUGUUACAACAAUCUUGUCCAGUAAAGGUGCACUAAGUGACUUUGUCUUUCUGUUCUGCUGGCUGAUGUCACAGAGCUCUCAGACUUUAUACUGACACCUAUCUGUGUGGAUCAAGGCUAUCACCAUUUUAUAUUUUCAGAUUAUUUACUUUAAAAAAAUAAUAAUAAUAAUAAUUAGUUAGUUAUAGUUUUAAUAGUUUAUAGAUAAAUGUAUUUUAGUUUAGUUUUUUUAUUUUAUGGACAUACAGUACUUCUCUUUCAAACAUUCAGAAAUAAGCAAGACUUUAGAGCAAAGAAGCAUUUGUAUUUUACAAUAAAUCAUACAAAACAACAUAUCAGCUCCAUGCUGUUUAUUGAUUCUCGUGCACAGCCAGCAGAAAACAAGACACCCACUAAGGCGGCAGUUCGUUUACACACAAAAGGUGCAGUCAGACUGGGUCAUUUCUACGCUGUUGUACAUUUUCAUGUCGCCAUUAUGUAUGUAAUGAAAUAUCAAACUCACAAAUUGUACAGAUGGACAUUACAUUAGUUUUCUUUGAUCAUUUUCCAUCCUGUUAGACUUUUGUAAUAUUACUUUAAUGAACAAAAUCCAGUUCUUAAAUGACAUCAUCCUUCAAGACGUUUUGGUGGAAAAAUAGCAGUAUUAGCAAUGGAUUUGAUGAUACAAUGUUCUGCACUCUUAGAAAAAAGGUUCAGUGGGGUUCUGUUAUUCUUGACUGAAUUUUAAAUACACUGUAACAAGGUGCCCUUGUUACAGUGUUAUUACAAAUAUGUACUGAGUAAUAUUAAUUAACAACAUGUACUUACUAUAUAAUUAGAAUUAGAGUUUGGUUUAAGGUUAGUUGCUUGUAAUUAUGUAUAAUAUAAUGUUAUUACUAUAGUAGGUACAUGUAAGAUAUGUAACAAAGACACUAAAAUAAAGUGUUACAGAAUGCUUUAUGCCAAAAAGGUUCUAUAUAAGGAGAAAUGUCUUCAAUGAUUGCUGAAUACUUUCAUGUUUAACAAGUUAUUUCAUUUUUUUUUCUACUGUUUACAAGCUGCUUAAUUCUUAAAAGUGAAUUAAAACAAAAUUUAUUAAAACUAAUUAAAUUAAAACGCCUGACAGAACCCUUUAAAGUCCCCCUGUAGUCAAUAAUUUUAUCCCUUAAAACUCAUGUUUGAUCACAAAUUACAUAUUUAAAUGUUUUUUAAUUUUUUAUUCAUGUCUUAAAAUAGCUUGAAUGAAACUACACCCUUGCCUCUUUUACUAUAUGCGGAUCAAUGAAUAUGCAAAUUAGCCUCCACUCACACAAGCUCCGAGAUCCACUCGGUCAACUUACUGAGGUAAACGCUGCACAAUGGUAUCGCUUUUUACAACGCCGGACACAUAACAAUAAUUAAGAUGGUUAGCAUAUUGCUUGACUAUAUUAUCAAACAGCUAAUAAUGUGUUGCUAAUGUUACACAUGUUCCCGUUCGCUAGUCAGACAGCUGUCCUCUAAAAAUCAGUAUCCUUAGAAACGCUUUGAACACCUUAGAACAUCAGUGGAGAAAAGCAUAUUCAUCAUAACAUUGUAAUAUACAUCAUUCACCCGCUAUAUUGCUAAAUCUACCCAAUUUUUCAUGUUAACAGAAAAAUACUGGGAUAACCUUCUCUUGAGACUCCCCUUCUUUAGAUCGGUUAUAGUUAAUGAUAUGCUAAAGCCUGCCGGCACGAUGACGUGAUUGGUUACAAGGUAGUUUGUGAUGUCACAAACACCAGCGAUUUCAAACCGCGUUUUUGAAGCUGUUUUUAGAUCGAAGAGAAAAUACUCAGCAAUGGUGUUGACUUAUGAAUUUGCACAUGGUUUGUCUUAAAGCAAAUUAAAAACACUACAUACACAUAUAAGCAAUGUUAAAAACUUUUCCCCACGGGGGGGGGGCUCUAAGGUUCUAUAUAGAACCUUUUCUUCUAAGAGUGUGUUGUUUGCUGGUUUAUCUUAAAUUUUCAUCCUGAUUGAUUAAAUUUGAAAUCUGUAUGAUAAGAUCCAAUAUAUGCUAUAUAUAUAUAUAUAUAUAUAUAUAUAUAUAUAUAUAUAUAUAUAUAUAUAUAUAACUUUUUGACACCCAUUGUCUCUCUUGGCUAAGCCAAGAACUUUAACUUUAUUUCUAACCUGUUAGGCAUGAUGGAGACCUGUUCAUGAUUAUUGUGUAAAUAAUCAAGCUUUGCUGAAUAAUGUUUAAGAGACUAAGAUGGAUCAGAACAUAUUUCUAGAAGAGUCUAAUAUACCUUAUUAUAGAAUUACUUCUUUAAAUUACAACUUAAGCAUUUUUAAACUUUUAAAAAUGAAUAAAAGUACUGAAGUUACUGAGAUGAAGUCAGUAGUACACAGUGGAUACUUAACAGUGAUCACAGAAAUUUGGGUGCUUUUCCAUACAAACAUGCUUACAAAUAUUGUCUCAUCUUAAUCAUUUAAAAAGUAUCCAUGCAAGCUUUUGUUUUAGUAGAAUCAAGUAAUGUUUAAUUAGCAAUAUUUAUUUCUUCAGUCAAAAUUAUGUUUUGUCGUAUUUUCCCGUGCCUUCAAAAAUACUUCAGAAAAGUUACAUUCACCAAUGAUCAGCCUGUUCCAAAAGUUACUAGUGGUCAUGUGUAAUGUUAUCAAACACAGUACAGCCAAAAAUCAGACCUGAACAUGCAGUAUUAGCAAACUUUAAAUUACAGACGUUUAAAUGUCUUUAAUUCUCUGAUAAUGUAAAUAUAUUGGGUCCUUUAAAAACACAAUCACACAAUAAUCACACAUCUACACCAAAUAUAGAGCAAUGUGCAAGAUUCCAAAGAAUGACACUUUUUUUUUUUUGAUUUUGGGGUUAAAUGUUGUACAUCUUGAGCCACGUUUUCAGCCAAUUGAUAGUUUGGGUUGCAUGUUUUUGGACCACUAAAGAACCUCUGUUAACAAACCAUCAACUUGAUAGAUGCUGAGAGGAAUUAUUAAGGACAAUCUGUUAACAUAGCUGAUAACAUAUUUGUAAUAUAUUGCCUUCAGUCACAUUCCAACGUUCCAUUCAAAUCACUGUGUAUUUCAUUCACUGAGUUCCAGUGUUUUAGCCGUUUUCUCCUUGAGUGUGGAUUUUAAACUAUACAUUUCUAUAGGGUUAUUAUGGAAAUAUUAUACUUUGUAAUAAAUUUCAAACAAUCUGAUUUAUAGAUUGAAUGACAUAUAAGUAAUAUCAGGUUCAGCUAGCUCACUGCAAAUAAGAAUUUUCCUCAAUGAUGCAACACUAUCUAAUUUCCAGUGGUUUGUAAUUAACAUCUCAAUAACAUCAAUUAGCACUGUGGUAGAAAAAAACAUCCCAGAAAAAUGUAACAGCAAUUUUCUUCUUUCCAUGACUUGCUUGAUGAUUUGUUGUAUUACCAAGAACAGCCUGCCAGCAAAUUAAAGCUUGUUUUUAAAAAUGUUUCUGUCACUAAUGUUUGGGGAGAGAAUUUCUCAGAAUGUAAACGACGACAUUAAUGCCAACAGCAACAGAGCAGAACACUGUUUCUUUUACGUAUAUUAUUAUUGUCUGUAUGCAAAGGUCUAAAUGUAUUUGUAACACAAAAAAAACCUACAAAUGUACUAGACAAUUUUUGUCAUGAUUUGUCAAAUUUCACAAAUACAAGUAUCUACUGUGCAUCAAUAUGUAGUUAAAAAAAACUUCGAAAGUAUUCAAGAGUAGCAAUGUUUUAUUGUAUAUUUGUGUAUAACAACUGCCAUAAAAAACAUAAGGAUUCCUGGAGAAAUGUCUUCCGGGGUGUGAGACUGUAUGUAAAUUUUGUAAUAGCUCACCUGAAGCUUAAACUAACUGAAUGGAGGAGAGGUAGAUACAUUACUGAUUUUGUCCUCUCAAUUGCCAUAUAAAAAUAGAUUCUACUCAGCAUGCGUGUGAGUGAAAUGUUGAAAACAACUAAUUUCUGUUCUUUUUCUCAGAGACGAGAUGCAAUGUAAUUCUUUUUUUAAUCUUAAAAAAAAAAAAAACACUGGGAAUGUUGACGAGACUUGCAAGUUACGAAGCUUAAAUAAAUAAAGACUUGAACAUUU